GUUCUUCUAUUUGCUCAAAAUUUCCCUUUUUCUCGCUUGGCUUGUAGUACUGCUUUUGUUUUGUUUUUACAUUCAUUCUGCUUAUUGGCGGUAAUGCUUCCAGUUUUCUUUUUUCUUUUUUUUACCCAUGCUGGCAUCUGCUAUGUAUCUGCGGCUUGGGAGCUCCUGCAAACUAGGGAUUACCUUGAUAUGUUCAUAUGAUACUUGCAUGGCGUUGUUUGAGAGCUCCUGUAUGUGUUAUUUCGACAGCUUGGUAUCGUAUUCUCGGUAUGACAUUCUUUUUACUUUUUAGUAUUGCCGCAACAGUUGCCUGGAUGAUUUCUAUAUUUUCAUCACCACAAAUUAGGAAUUGGUGUUGCCCAUUUUGCGAUUUUUUUCACAUCGGCUGCUUGUUUUCUCUUUGUUUAUCGUACAGGAUAAACUUUAAACUAGAUAUGCUGUUCCUAUGCUCGAAAAUAAUAUGCUUGAAGCUAAGAAAAGAAACCCCCGGAGGCUCAUCCACUGCUGAUCCUGGAGCAUGCAUGCAUAUGCAGCACAAAAAGGAAAAGGACAAGAAGACAUAAAGAGUGAGUGUGUGUGUGUGUGCGAGAGAAUGAGAAAAUAAAGGAAAUAGAAUGAGCAAAAAAAAAAAAGAAGGAAAUAACUAUCGAAUUUCACGAUAAAAUGACAAGCCUAUUUUUAAGCUGCAUCCAGAUGUUCGUUC